GUGACAGCUCCCGGUGACGCACGAACUUCACGUUAGUUUUGUAACAUAACCUAGGUAUUUUAUAUCUCAAAUUUAAUAGAAGAACUUCAAAUAAUCAACAUGACUGAAGUUUACAUAGUAUCUGCUUGCCGUACAGGAAUUGGUGCCUUCAAUGGACAAUACUCAACAAUCCCAACAAUAAAAUUAGGAACAACUGUAAUAGAAGAAGCCUUAACACGAUCAGGGUUAAACCCUUCUGAUUUAGAUGAAGUAGUAAUGGGCCAAGUAUUAAUGGGAGGUCAUGGGCAAAACCCAGCAAGACAAGCUUGUCUAAAUGCGAAACUUCCACUUGAUGUAACCGCAAGGACUGUUAAUAUGGUUUGUGGAUCUGGUCUAAGAGCUGUUUAUGACGGUUACAAUGCCAUUAAAUGUGGGGAAUCAAACGUUGUACUCGCCGGGGGGAUGGAAAAUAUGAGCCAAGCGAGACAUUGUACUUUUUUAAGAAAUGGAGUUAAAUUAGGAACUUCACCCCUUGAAGAUAUGAUUUUAGCUGAUGGUUUAGUUGAUCCAUUAAUAAAAUUACAUAUGGGGAAUACUAUUGAACAUUUAGCGAAUAAAUAUAAUGUUAGUCGCGAAGAACAAGAUGAUUUCGCGUUAAUUUCCCAGCAACGAGCUGCCGAAGCUAUUGGAAACGGUUAUUUUAAAAACGAAAUUGUAGCCGUUGUUGAUUCUAAAUUGGGAUCGAUCGAAAAGGACGAACACGUCCGAUUGGAUACAUCAAAGGAGAGUUUAACUAAGUUACGACCAGCUUUUGAAAAGACGGGAUCAGUUACAGCGGGAAAUGCUUCUGGAAUAAACGAUGGCGCCGCGGCGUUGGUUUUAUGUAAUUCUGAUGUGGUUAAAUCAAAAAAUCUUACUGCAUUAGCUAAAAUUGUUGGAUUUGCUCAAGCCGGAUGCGAACCAAUUGAAAUGGGAAUAGGACCAGUUCCUGCAGUUAAAAAAUUGAUGACUCGUGUUGGUUGGUCAAUUAACGACGUUGAUUUAUUUGAAUUAAACGAAGCUUUCGCCGCCCAAGCGAUUAUUGUUAAUCAGCAAUUAGGAUUAGAUCCUUCGAAAGUAAAUGUAGCUGGAGGAGCAAUUGCUUUGGGACAUCCAAUUGGGUGUUCUGGAGCCAGGGUUCUUGUAACUUUGAUUUACAACAUGAAACGUUUAAACAAAUCCAAGGGAGUUGCUGCUUUAUGUAUUGGAGGUGGCAUGGGAAUCGCCAUUGCUAUUGAAUCUUGUUAAAUUUUAAAACAAUUUAUGUCAAUGUUGCUUUUGAAAAGAAUUUGUGUUAGUAUUUUAAUGAGUAUUAACUAAAAUUGCAGUAUUUGCUUUAUUGCGUUAUUUGAUUAAAAAAAAUUAUUAUUAAUUAAUCAAAUUACUCUAAAAACAA